UUAAUGUAAUUGAAGUUUAAGCACCGGACACUAGCAGAGGACAUCUUACUGUUCCCGCUGGACUAUAACCUCGACAACUCGCCACUGUUUUAAUUGAGCCUGGAAGAAAAGGCUGCAGCUGUGUCACUUUUCUCCUUCUUAGAAGUGUCUCCGUGCUGUGUGCCACAUUCAACACGCAGUCAGGCUCACCCAAAACAUGUCCACCAAAUUGUUCCUCUACUUCUUUCUUCUGUCAGUCUUUCGUGCAUGUUCUCAAACAGUCGCUUCUGAGGAUGAGUACGACGACGUUACUGUGAAUCAAAUGUUGGCCCCCAAAACCCACGAGACGGACACAACGCAAAUAUUAAACAACUUACUAAAGGAGUAUGACAAAAAGCUGCGGCCGGAUAUUGGAGUUAAACCAACAGUCAUUGAUGUUGACAUCUACAUAAAUAGUAUUGGACCUGUGUCAUCAAUAAAUAUGGAGUACCAGAUUGAUAUCAUUUUUGCGCAAACCUGGACGGACAGCCGGCUCAGAUAUAACAGCACUAAGAAAAUUUUGACUUUGAACAGUAAUAUGGUUGGACUCAUUUGGCUACCAGACACGAUCUUCAGAAAUUCCAAGAGUGCAGAUUCACAUUGGAUUACUACACCAAAUCAGCUCCUGAGAAUAUGGAACGAUGGGAAAAUACUUUACACUUUGAGAUUGACCAUAAAUGCAGAGUGCCAGCUUCAACUGCAUAACUUUCCUAUGGAUGAACACUCUUGUCCUCUAAUCUUCUCCAGCUAUGGAUACCCACGAGAUGAAUUGAUUUACAAGUGGAGAAAGAAUUCGGUGCAGGCGGCUGAUCAGAAGUCAUGGAGACUUUACCAGUUCGAUUUCAUGGGCCUGAGAAACACCACAGACAUAAUUAAGACAACAGCAGGUGACUAUGUGGUGAUGAGUGUAUAUUUUGACCUAAGCAGAAGAAUGGGGUACUUCACAAUUCAGACCUACAUCCCAUGCAUACUUACUGUGGUUCUCUCUUGGGUCUCCUUUUGGAUCAAAAAAGAUGCAACUCCAGCCAGAACAGCACUAGGAAUAACAACGGUAUUAACCAUGACAACUCUGAGCACAGUGGCACGGACAUCACUACCCAGGGUCUCGUACGUCACAGCAAUGGAUCUUUUCGUCACUGUCUGUUUCCUGUUUGUUUUCGCGGCUCUCAUGGAGUAUGCCACACUCAAUUAUUACUCCUACAGUGCUCGCAGACCAACCUGCAACAAGACGAAAAGAUCGAACUACUCCGUACUGGAUGUGGGUCCUCCUCCCACGGUCAUCACACUCAACAACUCCAUGUACUGGCAGGAGUUUGAUGAUGCCUGUGUUUAUGAGUGCCUGGACGGAAAAGACUGCCAGAGUUUCUUCUGCUGCUACGAAGAGUGCAAAGAUGGAGCGUGGCGAAAGGGCCGUGUGCAUAUAGACAUUUUGGAACUCGAUGCAUACUCUCGUGUCUUCUUUCCCACCUCUUUUCUAUUAUUCAAUAUUGUCUACUGGGUAGGCUACUUGUAUCUUUAGCGUUCCCACACACCUCACUACACAAAGAACUUGACUUUUGGGUUUGUCAUAGCAGACACAAAGAACAGACUGAACCAUGACUUUUCAAGGUACUGGGAAAAAAAAGAGCGGAUACUGGUCAUCAGAGUUGAGCUGUGGUGAUUCAAGGACUUUUCCAGUAGGAGAUGAAAAUUAGACAAUGCUACAGGAACCGAAAGCUACAGAAGAUAUAUCAAAACACUUAAAACCAGGCUGUUUUUAUAUGGUCAAGAAGAAUAUCGCCACAAGCUCUUUAAGUGGCUGCAGUUCUCUUUGCCUUCUGUUCUUCAGGUACCAGGGAAAAAAAGAUUCACAAUUUUCCUCUCAACACAAUCUCGUCUUUUUAUGGGUGAGAGAGCAGCUGUAAGGAGUCAAGUAGUGAAAAAUCCUUAGGCCAAGACAGCGUGAGAAGAAAAUGCCUUGCAUAGCAUGACCCUCUGACUUUUGGUGUCCCUUACAACCCUGGUAGAUUGUUCACUGUCAUCUAGCCAUCAGUCAAAACCAGAACGGCUUUCAUGUAAGCGUAGCUUGCAGAGCCAAAUAUAGUGCCUUCCAGUGGAGGAGAAGCCAUCAGGCAGAGAAAUCUUAGAAAUGAUGGCAGGAGCAUCAUCUGGUCUUGACUGACUGCUGAUGGUUUUAUUUUGGAGUUUUGUUAUUCAAGCUUUAGUUAUAGUCAAUCAUUAUUUUGACGCAUUUAACAUGUCUAAAUGCAUCAUCACUGCAUGAUAUAUGAUAGUAUUAAGCUGUACCCUGAAUCAGCACAAUAAUGGCAAGAGAGAAGAACCAUUUUAAAAUAUUUGGAUUAUUAAUAAGUAUGUAGAUUGCAAAAAUGUUUCCCUACAUUAUUGCUAAUAUUUGUAUUGCACAUUUUUCAA